CGACCAUCUGGGCUGGCUGGCUGGUUCUCGUUAUGCGUGUUCGACGACGAGUUUUCUUUCGGAUAGCGAGACGUUGAGGACGCACUCGUCGAGUCAGCUCUCCAAGGACUGCUCUGUUUGAUCGGUGCGGCGCGGGUACUUACGCCCAGAAGCUUUUUCACUGGGACCAAGCCAGAGUUUGCCAGGUGCUAGCAGGGUUAGCCACAGACGCUUUCCGUUUUGGCCUUUCAGACCUGGAGUCCGAGGUGUGGCUGCGAGAGAGUGAAGGUGUGCCAACACCAGACUUGGAGGCAGCAACAUGAGUGACGACGUUGGCGAUGCCCCGAAGCCCGGCCAAGAGGGUGCUGCAGGUGGCCGAGACGUCCAAGCAGCGGGCACAUGCCUGCCAAGGAGGGUGCCCGCUUCCAUACGUCUAGUGAGAGCAGCAAUGGUGAAGAGUCGGGCGAGUCAGCCAUGGAAGGUCUGACGAUCUCAAAUGGGGAGGACAAACAGCCUUCGCCCAUCAAGAAGAAGGCUCGUGAUUCAUCUGUGCCUACCCCAUUGGCCCUAGAAGGAAGCUUUGGUGUAGUGCCCGAGUCUCCACCGAGGUUUGUAUCCUUGGACCAAAUCAUGAAGACUGCCGACGGGAUGACAAACAUGGCCCUGGCUCAUGAAAUAGCCAUGGAGGACUCCUUUGAGCUGAAGCAGACCGAGUAUCCACAAAACAGCCUGGAGCAGCUGGUGAAGGAAACAUUGCACAAAGCUUUCUGGAACAUCCUCGAGGAACAGCUGAACGAGGAUCCACCAAAUUAUAACCAAGCCAUGCGUCUGCUGGAACACACGAAGGAGAGUCUGCUGGACCUGGUGAUGCCAUACAGCACACGACUGCGCGAGGAGAUUGAGCAGGUGCUCGACAUUGAGCUCAUCCGCCAGCAGGCCGAGCACGGCACCCUGGACUUCCUGGCUUACGCACGGCACGUCAUCUCGCUGAUGGCUCGCUUGUGCGCGCCGAUCCGAGACGCCAGCAUCAAGGAGUUGCUCGAGAUCAAGGAAGUCGUGCCGCUCUUCAGGGGCAUCAUAGAGCAGCUCGACCAGAUGAAGAUCGACAUGGCCAACUUCACCAUCCAACAGGCUAGGCCGCUCAUCCAGACACACUCAGUUGCCUACGAGCAGAACAAGUUCAAGCAGUAUCUAGAGGCGCAAACCACUGCCGACCCUACCGUCGACCCGCUCGCCCACACCAAGCUGUGGCUGAAACGGAGCUAUGACCACCUCCGCAACCUCAGUGACCAGCACAGUCCGGACCCCAUCAACGGACCUGGCUGCAAGGGUCCUGGCUUCUCAAGUGUCCUGGCGGGCGCCUACAUGGAGCUGCUGUCAUGGCCCGAUGAUGAGCCUUACCCAGAGACCUUGCGGUUGGACGAGGCUCGCUACAGGGGGCUGAAGGACAAGGUGCACCUGGCUGCCCUGGUGGCCAGCAUCCUGAGCAUCACAUACCGGCUAGGGGGCGCCGCGCUGCAGGGCAUCUCAGACUUCAAAGACGACCUCAAGAGCCACACGCAGCUUCUCCUUGAGGGCUCAGCCAACUGCAGUGAAGAGGAGCUGAGGGAGACCCUGAGAAAUGUGGCCAGUCAGGUGAUCAAAGAAGUGCAGGAGUGCUUGCAGAAGCACGGCUUCAACCAGCUCCAAAUCAGCCAGGAGCGCGUGCUAUACGACCAGAUUGUCGUCAUGACCUCCCCUGACCACCAUGUCCGGAAGCUGCUCUUGAUGCGCGUCCUGGACUUCAUCAAAGUGGCGAUCUCCUCCGGGUCAGUGCGGCCCACCCAGAUUCCUCCGGGGCUGUCGGCUCUCGAGAAAGAGCUGACGUCCAUCACGGGUCAGUUCCUCAGGCUCGUCACGCACAACAGGGCGGUGUUUGGAGAGACGUAUGGCGACAUUGUCGCUGAGCUCAGGAAGGCCUAGACAGCCUUCGACCGGUUCCCCAAGAAAACAGGAGUGUGAUCGGGAGACAAGUGUGAUCUUUUUUGGGGGGGGGGGGCGAGGGUUAUACCUUGUCAUUGAGCAACCCGGUGCUCUUUUUUUUCCCCCCCCUCUGCCUGUGGGACAGUGCCUGAAACAUCCAGUGAAAGGUUUGGCAAAUUGUGAAGUGCAUGCUAUCUUGCUGACGCUUGUUGUGGACUGAAGGACACUGUGGAGUAUGAUAGACAGGCUUGGGCUUGGGAGUGUCGCAAGCUGCAAGGCAGCUUGUGUGUGUGCAUUGCAGUCUGCAGUAUGAGUGAGACGACUGGUCAAGCACAGUGAGUCUGAAUCCAGUGGCCCCAAGUGGCAAUGGCCUUGUAGCAAAUGAUUAAACAUGUGAGUUAGUCCCAAUGUGUGUGCUUUUAAGUUUAAUCUCUUACGCAAAUCAGUUUUCAUAAUGCAUUAUAAUAUAACAUUACCUGUUAUGAUUUCAGAAAGGUGUUCUACAUAUAUUCAAUGCUGAUCUUAUUGAUGUCAUUUAAAAGCUAGGACCAUGACCAACUGCCUGUGCAUGCUUGAGCUCUAGCAAUGCUUCUUGUUUUUAUGGUUUCAUAUCUUCACUUGCAUUAGAGUGUAUCUAUUGUCUUUCUGCCAAAGAGUUGUUUUGUACCAAUAAAUGUAUACAAAUGAAUUGAGCACAAAUAUUGUGCGUGAUCUUGUGGAGUAGUGGUGUAAAUUUUACGUCUUAUAGUAGUAGGGUCUUCACAUCCAAAUACGCUGUUUGCAUUCCCUUUGCAGGCGGUCAUUUGCAAAUGUUCUAUGAGUUGUGAGCAUCCUGGGUAUAUUAUUGAUGUAUUUGCAUGGAUAUAAUGCUGUUUUAAAUGUAACGUGAGAGCCAAGUUUUUUUUUUUUUUCUAUAUAUGCUAAAGACUGAUCCAAGUUUCCGCAUUUAAAACAGCAGCUGAUGCUGCAUAUAUACAAUGGCUGAAGCCAAGGGCUUAGCAAAAUGGAAAAAAAAAAACGUGCAAGUAUUUGCAGAACGAAUGGCUGUGAGCAUUUGAGCUUGUUUGAGCCAUAGCCUGUAAAUGCUGUGGACUAAGUCAGCUCUCUUGUCAACGUUGCUAUGGCUGCCACUGUUGUGCUCUGUGUUCCACUCGUUCUGCCAUCUUGACACUGUUACACCGUGUUGCACAACAUUGCAUCUUGGGCUGUGCAAGGAAGCCAGUGACAAAAUUCACGGUGGUUAGGGCUGGCUUGUUGCCACAUAGCUGAGGUGUUUGGUGGUCGUGCCCACCAAAUGUUAAAGCUAAGGAAAUGGGUGUACAUUUUCUGCAUUGUUCAGAAUGUCGUGCAAUGUGCGAAUUUAAGCUUAAACCAUGCAGACACCGGAACCUGGGUUAUACUUGUGCAAAUACUGUACUAAUUUUUCUAUAUUAAAAGCAGUUUGAAAAAGCUGGCACUAAAUGUAUGUGCCGCUUCACAUCCAUACACAUCUUUACCACAAAUUCACUUUGUUCAUUGGUUAUCGGCACUGCCCGACAGGGUAGCAAUCUGACCAAUUCUCAGCACAUAGCUGGGAUUACUUAUUGACUAGACGGGCAUGGCAGUGACUAGAAGAAAAAAAAAUUUUUCUCUCACAAUUGAGUUCAUCAUUCACUCCUUUAAAUACUAGUGGACAUAGCUUUGCAGCUGUAGUAGUUCAGAAGAAAAUCACCUAAGUGGCUCAGGACCCUUGUAAGAUGACACCUAAAUAUCUGCACUUUAAUACUGAUAUUUUUCAUUGAAAUAUUUCUGUACACUCUUUGUUGCAUGUUAUGGGUCAUUCUUGAGACAAUAUUUGAUUGCAUUGUCCAUAUACUUAAUCCUGAUGAGUAUAAAACGCACAUAAAGUGUGCAUGCAUAUAUGUUUGUGUGCUAAAGCAAGCUUUAAUAUAAAGUCGUCUUUGUUUUUACUGUUUGCGGCAUCCAAUUAAAGCUGCCUGCUGAAUGGGAGUCAUUGUGCUGUGGUGUAGCUGUCGCAACGUUUGUUCUGGAAGUGUGAUGCUUUUGUUAUUUAUCAUUGUUGAUGUGUUUCGAAGUUUACUGAGGUUAUUGCCUUUUCUCUGUCACAUGUUAUGUGGUACCGAUUACUCGGCAUCUAUGCUUUCGUCUAUUAAAGUCUCUCCUGCAAUCGCGAA